AGUGUCUCACGGCCACUAGCAGGGGUGGAAGUAUUCGUCGUUUGACGGCGAACAAGCUGAAUAUUUCGAAAGGAUUUAUCAUAUUCAUCUCGUCUGAUCGAACUUAAAGUCGUAUAAAUCGUCCAUUAUGGAAGCUAUAGCGAAGCACGACUUCACGGCGACUUCGACCGAUGAGUUAUCUUUCAAAAAAGGCAGUAUCUUAAAGGUUUUAUACAUGGAUCCCGAUAAUCAAUGGUAUAAAGCCGAACAGAAUGGCAAGGAUGGUUAUAUUCCCGCAAACUACAUCGAAAUGAAGCCUUGCGGCUGGUUUGUUGGAAAGAUCAAAAGAAUUGAUGCAGAAAGUCAACUAAGUAAUAAAAAUGAUGGAGCAUUUUUAAUAAGAGAAAGUGAAAGUGCUCCAGGGGAUUUUUCACUGUCUGUCAAAUUCCAAGGCAAUGUUCAGCACUUCAAGGUUCUAAGAGACGGAGCCGGCAAGUACUUUUUGUGGGUUGUCAAGUUUAAUUCUCUUAAUGAGCUUGUGGAUUAUCAUCGUACAUCAUCUGUCAGUAGAUCACAGCAGAUAUACCUUAGAGAUUCUAACAAAGAGCCCGACCAACUACGUGUCACAGCUCUAUUUGAUUUCGAAGCUCAAGAAGAUGGGGAAGUUAGCUUCAAAAAAGGCAGCACUAUCGUGGUUUUGGAAAAAACUGAUCCCAAUUGGUGGAAAGGCAAAGUUACGAGCACUGGUCACACCGGCCUCUUUCCGUCAAACUAUGUACAAACCUCUUAAUUAUCUUACCACACCUUUUACAGAAUUCUUAUCUGCUUUGAUGCCACUAAGAGAAUCAAGGCAGAGAUAUAUUUUUUACUACUGAAAAGAUUUAAUUUACUAUCUACAGUAUGGUGUGUGUUAUGCAUAGGAGAUCACCAAUCUUGAGUACAAUUUGGAAUUGACAGGUAAAAGUGAUGUUUCAAAAGUUUUCCAAAAGGGGAUGAGCGUUGAGAUGAGUGUAAUUUGAGAACRUUCAAAACAUCACAAAUAUCUUUCAAUAAUAUUCUAAGUUGUAUGAGAAGAUUGUGCUUUUUUUUUUGUUAUAUUACACUCAAGAAAAAUGAGCAACUUAAUUGGUUCUCUACAGAGUACAAUCUUACGAUUUAAUUGUACUCCUCUUGUCCAAUCAGAAUCAAGUAAUUUUGUUGAGUGUAUUAUAGCUAGGUAGAUUAACUGGUUUAAUUUAGAACUCUAUCUGUGUCAUUAUGAGGAUGUGCAUAUUUGAUUUUUUUGAGCCAGCUUAAGUUUUUAUUGGUAUGUUCCAAGACUGUUCUAGACUGACGAGACUAAUGAGAUUGGGACUGUCAAAAUAGUCUAAGCCAAACUCAAAUUAUGCCUGUUAGGUCAGUGUCUGUUAAAAUUCACCAACAAAGGCAGAAAGCUGUUUAUUUUGCA